AUGAAGGCCGGAGCCGUCUCGGCACGAGCAGACGAGGGUUGGCAUUCGCACUCAAUUGCAUCGGGCAAGGAGCAGCCCGUCCGUCUAGAUGGAGACUCCGGUCUCGUCUCUGUUCUCUUCCGACGACGGAGACUGCGAAACAUCAGAACAAAGCAAGUGCCCACCAAGGCGUCGUUCAAGGAGGGUACUUGA